AUGCAGCAUCAAGCCCACCACCAGCAACAAGGUCACCCGCCUUCACAGCAGCUCCAGCACUCGCGCCCUCCAAGCAUUGUCCACCAGCAUCACCAGCAGCAUCCGCAACACCAGCCGCCGCAGCAUCACCAGGGCGCAUACUCGUCGCAGCACACUCUCCCACAGGCGUACCAGGCCAGCAACCAGGCUACCAGCACGCCCGAGGCCCUGAACUACUACAACCACCCGAGUCCGUACAGCACACCAGGUGCUACGAGCGGAUACACGUCCGCCGAUACCUCCGACAUGAUGGCCGCCGCCCAAAUGCCUAGACCUCCCUACCCUCCAAUGUCAUAUCAUACACCACAGUCAAACUCUCCCGCAUCAGUAGCGUCGCCGUCGCAGCAUGACCAGCACAGAAGUUUGUACGGCCAGCCGCCGUCUCAGCAUUUGCAGCAGUCCAUGUACUACCAGCCUCAGCCCCAAUACCAGUCAAUGCCCCAUCAGGCGGCACCCUCUCCCUACGCGCAGCACGCCCAUCAUCACCAGCAAUCAAUGGCAUCGCAGCCCAACAUGAUGAUGUCGCAUGCAGCACCGCAGAACCAGAUGCCGCCGCACGCGGCGCAGCACGCACAGCAUGCGCAGGCUGGCAUGACGGGCAGCCCGCGGCCCAAGAUUGAGCCCCAAGUUCCCCUGCAGCUGCAGAAACAGCAGCCGCAGCCUUCUCCCAUGGCGCAACCCCACCAUCAACAAGGCCCGCCGCAGCUUCAGAGUCCCUCAAACCCGACUCCCGCCGUCAAUCCCAAUGCUGCCCCCGGCCCCAUCCCCGCGACGACGCCCCUCGUCGUAAGGCAGGACGGCAACGGUGUCCAGUGGAUUGCCUUUGAGUACUCGCGGGACCGGGUCAAGAUGGAGUACACGAUCCGCUGCGACGUCGAGUCGGUCAACAUCGACGAGCUCUCCCCCGAGUUCAAGCAGGAGAACUGCGUCUACCCCAGAGCGUGCUGCCCCAAGGACCAGUAUCGCGGAAACCGUCUCAUCUACGAGACCGACUGCAACAGGGUCGGCUGGGCCCUGGCGCAGCUCAACAUCCCCCUGCGGGGCAAGCGAGGCCUGAUCCAGCGCGCCGUGGACAGCUGGCGCAACAGCAACCAAGAUCCCCGGCUCCGAAGCCGAAGAGUCCGCCGCAUGGCCAAGAUGAACAGCCGCAAGCAGCAGCAGCAGGUCCAGGGCGCUCCGCAUCCCGGCGCCCACAUGUCGGGCCCCGGUGGACCAGGAGGUCUCUCUGGCGCUCCCGCACCCAUGCCCACGGCUCAUGCACCCAACAUGGGCAAGCCAACGAUAGGCAGCAUGGGGCAGCCUAUGCACCAUCACCAUGCCGGGGGCCACCCUGACGGCGCACCGGGUGGAGAAGAAGUCGGUAUGUUUCACCAGAUGUGA